AAAUGAGACUUGCAGCAAGUACAGCAUCCUCACCAUGUUGCCACAAGCACUUCUAUUUAUGGCUCUUUUGACCACGAAUGUUGCAUCCACGUCAAACAUCAUCACCGCCCUACCCGGCUUUCCCGGUAACCUUCCCUUCAAACUUGAAACUGGGUACGUAGGAGUAGGCAACAUGGAUGAUGUGCAGCUAUUUUAUUACUUCAUUGAGUCCGAAGGGAGUCCAGAAUAUGAUCCUCUUGUGCUUUGGCUCACUGGAGGUCCCGGUUGUUCUGCGUUUUCUGGCCUCAUAUAUGAAAAUUUAGGUCCACUAUCCUUUGACUACGCAAAUUCCAUUGGCAACAAGCCAAAGUUCAAGUUGAAUCCUUACUCAUGGACAAAGGUUGCCAACAUAAUAUUUUUAGAUGCACCUGUCGGCACCGGAUUCUCAUACGCAAAAACUUGGAGAGGAUACGCUAAUAUGAGUGACACUUUAUCAGCAGCACAAACGUAUGAAUUUCUAAGAAAGUGGCUUAUGGACCACCCUAAGUUCUUCAACAAUCAACUCCAUGUUGCUGGCGAUUCUUAUUCGGGCAUAGUUGUUCCCAUUAUCGUUCAGAAAAUAUCUGAUGGUAAUCAUGAUGACAAUGUGCCGCCAAUAAAUAUCAAGGGAUAUGUGCUUGGCAAUCCAGCGACAGAUUUGGACAAAGACGAGGAUUCCAGAAUUUUAUUUGCUUACCUAAAAGCACUUAUAUCAGAUGAACUAUACCAGUCACUUGAAACUAAUUGCAACGGAGAGUAUAUCAAUGUGGAUCCAAACAACGCAUUAUGUGUGGAUGAUCUAGAAAUUUACAACGAGUGCACUGAAGACAUACGUGCUGCACAGAUAUUGGAACCUUCAUGUACUGUAACUUCGCCAAAAUCAACGGGAUCAAUAUGGAAUCCCGACCAUCUCAGUGAUAGGGACUCUAAAAAUACCCUCCUUACUUCUUCUGGACUUCCUAGGCUAUGGUGUCGGGAAUACAAUUAUAUCCUCUCUGAAAUUUGGGCAAAUGACAAAACUGUUCAAGAUGCUCUUCAUGUUCGGGAGGGAAGCAUUGAAGAAUGGGUGAGAUGCAAUUACAGCUUACAAGAUUCAUAUAUAAAAGAUGUUUCCUCUAGUCUUGUAUAUCAUGAGAACCUCAUAAAAAAAGGCUAUAGAGUUCUUAUUUACAGUGGUGAUCAUGAUAUGGUAGUUCCUUAUGUGGGUACUCUUGCUUGGAUAGAGUCGCUUAACUUGACUGUUGACAAUCGUUGGAGGCCAUGGUUCGUCAGUGGGCAGAUUGCAGGAUACAGUGUGCAGUACUCAUACAUAACUAAUUACAAGUUGACAUUCACGACUAUAAAGGGAGCCGGUCACACAGCUCCAGAGUACAAACCUGAAGAGUGUCUUGCUAUGAUUAGUAGCUUAAGAGUCAAGGUUGAUUUAGGGUCUAUCAUUGGUAUCAUCAGAGCCAAUCACGAUCUUUCAUCCCUUCUCUGUGCCGUAUGACUCGUGCUUCUACAAAGAAAGCCAUGGAUUCAUAGAAUCAACUUUCUGCAAUAAACAACACUCUCAACAUCCUACUUCAGAGGUUUGACGCCAUGGAAGAACGCCAAGAUUCAUCCGACGCUCGAUUUGAGAAAUUUCAUCGCGAUUUUGUGCGAAAUGUGAUAUGGGUUUUCAUGUGGACUCCUCAGAUGUGACCCCUUCAGAUCCCAAUUUGCAUGAAGAUGCAAGAAAUCAACAAUUCAAUCGCCAGAUUCAGGUUUUCACCCAAGACCUCCAUUGGUGAAAUUGGAUUUUCCUCGAUUUCACGAAGGUGAUGACCCUCUCGGCUAGGUUUAUAAAGUGGAGCACUACUUUGAUUACUUCACCAUUCCAGAAGAUAAGAAGGUUUGAAUGGCCUCAUUCGACAUGGAAAAUGAAGCAUUUCAGUGGUUUCAAUGGGUGAAUUGUGUCAAGAAUUACCCUAAAUGGGAAGAUUUCACAAAGAUUUUUUGUCGCAAAUUUGGAUCACCUGAUCUUGUGGAUUGCACUGAGAAUUUAGUGAAGCUUCGCCAAACUGGGUUACUCAGGGAUUACAUCAUGGAAUUCCGUCGAUUAGCGAAUCGUACUAUGGAAAUGACUCCAAGAAUCUUAAAAAGUUGCUUCAUUGGGGGUUUAAAACCGGAGAUUCAGCAUGAUGUCAAGAUCCUUCGCCCUUUCGAUGUUUAUGAAGCUAUAGCCUAUUCGCAACAAGUGGAUGCUAAAUUGGCAGAGCUCAAGGUAAAAUCUUUUUCAAGAAAUCCAUUCCCUGCAUCACAAUUCAAGCCUACUCAUCUGUCUGACAUUACCAAUAUACCAAAACCUGAAUCUUCAACACAAAAUGAUAAUUUUCGACGACUAACAGUUGCAGAAAUUGAGUUUUCAAGAAAGAAUAGAUUGUGUUUCAAUUGUGAUGAGAAAUUUUCUAAAGACCAUGUGUGUGCUGGUCCUAAAUGUCAAAUUUUACUGAUAGAUGUGUAUGAAAAUGGCCAUUUGAUUGA